AGUCGCUGCGGAACAAGUACAGUAAUACACUGUUUCUCCCUCGUAAUUAUUAUUAUUAAUCAGACAAAGAGAAAAAAGGGCGCAAAAAAAAAAAGAGCAGGGCAGGAGAGGACUGAGAGCGAGGCCGAGGACCAAGAAGACCGACCAAGCGUGAAGCGCCCUUUGUCUCGACGCCGCUGCCGCCGCAAAGACUCGCGAUUCGCGAGAGAAGCGGCCGCAGCAGCCGAGCUUCUCUCGCCCCCGCCGCUCCUCUCCCACUCCACCACCGCGCUUCAGAUUCCACAGGUGAGAGGCAAAAGGCAAGAGCCGAAGAAGCGAGCCGAGGCGCCACCGCUCUCCCGCCUGCUUCCUCCGCCGGCCCGGCCGUCCCGGCCGGCGAGCGAGAGCCAACGAACUGCGGGCCGAAGCGAACUGCCGGGGCCACCGUGGGGCGGAGAUCCGCACCGGACCUCCCACCGGUUCCUGGUUGUGGAAUACCUGGCCAACCCCUUUUUCUAUGUGUCGCUGCUGGUCAUAAAACCCAAUAGUUACUUGGAGAUCACAUGCAACAAAUAUGCACACUAAAGGGGCUUCUUCAGAUGCCAUCAGAGUUAGCACCUCUAGUGCCCCCAGCACAUCGAGCCAUGGUUCUGCACAAGAUGACUAUGAUUCCUCUGGGGAUGUGUACGUGUGGGGUGAAGUCAUUUGUGACAACACUGUAAGAGUUGGUCCUGAUACAGUAAUCAGGUCUACCGCUAAGGCUGAUUUUCUAUUGCCUAAGCCCCUGGAGUCCAAGCUAGUUCUUGAUGUGUACCAUGUGGAUUGUGGGGUCAAGCACGCUGCUUUGGUCACAAAGAAUGGGGAAGUGUUUACAUGGGGUGAGGAAUCUGGAGGACGUCUUGGCCAUGGAUCAAGGGAGGACUCUGUGCACCCUCGCCUAGUUGAGUCAUUAGCUAUUUGUAAUGUGGACAUUGUUGCUUGUGGGGAGUUCCACACCUGUGCUGUGACAACAUCUGGGGAACUUUACACCUGGGGUGAUGGAACACAUAAUAUUGGACUUCUAGGCAAUGGUACCGAUGUAAGCCACUGGAUUCCUAAAAGAAUUUCAGGAGUACUGGAGGGUCAUCAAGUUGCGUAUGUUUCUUGUGGGACCUGGCAUACAGCCUUGGUUACGUCGAGGGGACAGCUAUUUACGUUUGGUGAUGGUACAUUCGGAGUUUUAGGACAUGGAAACCGCGAGAGUUUUUCGUGUCCAAGGGAGGUAGAAUCUUUAUCGGGGUUGAAAACAAUUGCUGUGGCUUGUGGUGUAUGGCACACGGCAGCUGUUGUAGAAGUUAUAGUCACCCAAUCCAGUUCAAGUAUGUCUUCUGGAAAGCUCUUCACAUGGGGAGAUGGUGACAAACAUCGGCUUGGUCAUGGUGACAAGGAACCAAAACUUAAGCCUACGUGUGUGGCUUCACUUAUUGAUUAUGACUUCUGCAGGAUAGCAUGUGGUCAUAGUCUUACGGUAGGACUGACAACAUCUGGACAGGUUCUGAGCAUGGGUAAUACUGUCUAUGGUCAGCUUGGGAAUCCUCGUUCAGAUGGUAAACUUCCAUGCUUAAUUGAAGAUAUCAUGGGUGAACAUGUUGUCCAAGUUGCAUGUGGUUCCUACCAUGUUGCAGUCUUAACAAAUAAGAGUGAGGUUUUUACAUGGGGAAAGGGGGCCAAUGGAAGACUGGGUCAUGGAGACGUAGAGGAUAGAAAAAUACCUACACUGGUUGAAUCAUUGAGAGACAGGGCUGUUAGGCACAUAGCUUGUGGUUCAAACUUCACUUCAGCUAUCUGUCAACAUAAGUGGGUUUCUGGAGCUGAGCAGUCGCAAUGUGCCUCAUGUCGGCAACCAUUUGGGUUCACCAGGAAGAGGCAUAAUUGCCAUAAUUGUGGUCUUGUCCAUUGUAAUGCGUGCACCUCACAUAAGGUCCUGAGAGCAGCAUUGGCUCCUAAUCCUGCAAAACCAUACCGUGUUUGUGAUUCAUGUUUUAUGAAAUUGAACAGUGCAGCAUACUCAAGUACAAUUAAUAAGAAGAAAGAGGUUGUGCCUCGCCAUUCUGGUGAAAGCAACCAUGAUGCUAAAUUAGCUAGAGCAAUUGUGCCCAGCAAUUUGGAUAUGAUUAGAAGUUUGGACAGCAAGGCAGCAAAACAAGGGAAGAAAACUGAUGCACUGUCAUUCCUUCGGACUCCCCAAAUGAGUUCGCUUCUUCAGCUAAGAGAUAUCACUUUAUCUGGUGGAAUUGAUCUGAACAAGUCAGUUCCAAGAGCAGUUCGCACAUCAGUCCGAUCAUUGAACUCAUCUAGGGCUGUUUCCCCUUUCUCUCGCAAGCCUAGUCCACCACGCUCAACCACACCAGUCCCAACAACUCAUGGUCUUUCAAUUGCUAAAACUGCUGCUGAUAGUCUUGCAAAAACUAAUGAGAUGUUAAGUCAAGAGGUUGAAAGACUCCGUGCACAGGUUGACAAUCUAAGGCGCCGUUGCGAGCUUCAAGAACUUGAGUUGCAGAAAUCAGCAAAGAAAGUACAAGAAGCCAUGUCAAUGGUUUCAGAGGAAUCCGCAAAAUCUAAAGCUGCUAAGGAAGUAAUAAAGUCCUUAACAUCACAGCUCAAGGAUAUGGCUGAAAGACUACCUCCAGAUCAGGGAGCCUAUGAUGGUAGCGAAGCAAAACAAGCACAUGUUCCAAAUGGCAUUGAGAUGUAUGCUUCUAUUUACACUAGCAUGAAUGGUAUUCAUCAGCCACGAAAUGAGUCUGUCAGUGCCCUAAGCACGCCUGGCCUGCAUAUUGGACGAUCAUCGCACCCAAAUGGAAUCUCAAAUCAUCAUCAAUCACCAGGAAGUAUUACUGAAAACAGUGAAGUGAGUGCUCACACCCAUAGGGUUUCAGGUCCUCCCGACGUUGAAAAUCCGAAUCGAAGGGGACAUAGCAGUAGUGACGAGAUGCUCAGUGCAAGUAGUAGAGCAGACGAUAGUAGCAGCAGGGACGCUAGAUCCCUUUUGAAUGGUGAGGAUGGUUACAAAUCUCGGAGUGCAGUAUCUUUGCCCAGCAACCAAGUUCAGGCUGAGUGGAUUGAGCAGUAUGAACCAGGUGUAUACAUAACACUGACAACUCUUCGUGAUGGGACCCGAGAUCUAAAGCGUGUACGCUUCAGUCGAAGGCGUUUUGGGGAGCAUCAGGCGGAGAGCUGGUGGAACGAGAACCGCGACAAGGUCUAUGAGAAGUACAAUGUAAGGAGCUCCGAACGAGUCUCGUCGGCAUCAUCGAUCCGGUCAGGUCGAUGACCCCUCCUCCGUACCACACUACCCUGCAGUAGUCAUCAGAAAACUUCAAGUGGGAGCGCAGAGCCAAAGUCAGAGUGGCAAGGGUGCCGAGGAAUUCUUUUUUGUCCGUGUAAUGUCGAUAAUUCUUGUUACUGUUGUUAUGAAAUUGAGUCAGUGGGACUUGUUAGGUUGUCUUGUUCAGAUGUAAUGCACAUAGAGUUGUGGAACACCGAAACAUGUUGUAGGGGGUGGGGCGGUAGCAGAGGGUGGACAGUAACAGUAGCGCGCCCAGCCCUCUACGGCCUACCCUUUUGAAAGCCUUGGUUGUAGCCAAUGCAGCUAGCUGUAAAGAAGUGGCAUUUUUUUUUUGUCUCCAAAAGGUGUCACGCUUCACAUUUUGGCUAUAUUGCAUUUGAUGACAUUCAAAAUA